AUGGCCAGCGGGAGAGACAGCGAGUUUUACGUGACCGUGACGAAAGAAGGAUGCGAGAACGGCGAUGAUGAAAUGGAGAGGAAAAGGGUCAGCAAGUCGUGUACAGAGCACGCGCAAGAGGAGCGUCAUCCGGAUGGAAGUGGGUACACGAAGGGGCUGUGUUCGAACCCCAACAAGGAGGUCACGUCGCCUACGUCGUCCAGUAGUAACGGCUCGAACGCCGAGCUUUGUACAGGAGCAGAGUGUGGAUCGAGGCAAGGAGCAGGAGUCAAGAGGUCAGCGGUGGCUGCUGCUAUUUUGCCAACGUCAGCUACAGCUACUGAGACGGACUCGGACGUAGAAGAAGGUCGCGGUGAUCUAGAGAAGGAAGAGCGCGGGCUUGGGCUUGGCCAGUUGAUUGAUGUGAAGGAUGAACAAGGUGUCGAUGACGACAAUGUGAAAGUGGAUGAGGAGGAAGCGGGUAAUGACCUGCAAGGGGAUCGUUUGGGGAGGAAGCAGGAUCCGGAACGGAGUGAGUUGACGACUGCAGUGAACUCUGACAUGGAGACGAAUGGAGCGAUCAGCAUUAGUCCGCCGAGUGUCGCUCGGCAGACAUCUAGUAGCUUUUCAGAUCUGGGCGAUUUUGAUGAUUAUCCGUUCACUGACGCGAUUACAAUACCAAGCAAUGGAGGUGCAGGCAGCGUGGAGAGUGGCAGCAAUGCUGGCACACCUAAUACGUUUUACUCGAUUUAUGACAACGAAUCGUUUCGGUUCACACAUGCAAGUGUGAGUCAUUGCGGCUAUGGUAGCUAUGACGCGAUCAGUAAGAUUCCUAGCUCGUACACGAAUAGUCCAGUGAGGAGUGUACGAAGUGUGAGUUCACCAUCGAUGCUGCGUCUUGAGAAUUGCGGGCAUAGUGGAGGUAGAAUCACUCCGACCUUCCAGCUUACACAACCAGCUGAUGAGUCGCAUCCGCUAAUUGGCGAUAUCUACCCGGUCGCUGGAGAGAUCGUGCGUCUGCAAGUGGACAAUGCGGCAUACAUUAUCUUUUACAAGAGCGAAGAUAGCGGCGAAGAACAGAGCUUGAAACAUGAGAUACUUGCUAUGUCGUCCUCGUCCGAUGAUGACGGCGAUGUGACUGAGUGGGGUGAGGAUACAUCUGGACGAGUAGCCCCGCCUCGUUCGUACGCAUCACUAGGUGCUGCGGGUCACAAGGUGCAAACGGACAACUGCUUUACGCGGGACUAUAAUCACCCGACUCGGUCUUUGGGUAGGGGCCUCUUUCGUGCUUCUACGAGUGUUGGCAAUGCUUUUCUAAAGGGUGCAGCUGGUCUAGUUAAUAAGACUUAUCAAGGUGGAGCAAAUGGUGGCGUGUUCGGUUUCGCCAAAGGACUGGGCAUGGGCAUGUUGGGCCUCGGCACGCAUACGGUAAAAGGCGCAUUUCGAGGAGUGGGGCAAGUGACGCAUUUGGUUGGAGAAAUGGUGUUGGGGACAGCGCCGCAUUUUAGUAUUGAUGGUACGCUGGUGCUUACGAACUAUCGUAUCAUUUGGCAAGCACUUAGUACGAAAGAUGCGAUGGAAAUCCGUUUGGCAUCCAUUCUAUCUGCUGAAAGCUCGACGACAGCGCCCCAUGUCGCCAAUAUCGAAGGCAAACACCUCCUCCGCGCCUCUUUGGCGUUUCAGGACGAGACUACGUGCUCCGAUUUCUUGAGCUGUAUUUGGGAACUCUACUCGAUGGGUGUGUCACCACCCCAUUAUACGUUUGCACACUUGCACUACCAGGCACUGCGACAUAAGGAACAGACGCAGACGCCAAACGGAACCGGAAUCGCGACGCUAAAUCACUUGCCCUACGAUGCAGAGAGAGACUAUCGGCGGCUUAAGCUACUGGACGAAGACAGCUGGAUGCGGUUAUAUGACAACUCGGAUUACACCAUGUUUCCGUCAUACCCAGACGCGUUUGUAGUUCCGUCGGUGUUGGAUGAUGACGACCUGCGUGAGUUGAGCGCGUACCGCAGCGCUAGUCGCAUUCCUGCGGUAGUAUGGCGUCAUCCGCACACGGGAGCGCUCGUGUGUCGUUGCGCCCAGCCUUGUACAGGGUUAAGUGGAUAUAUCGUGGAGGCCGACCGAAAGUUAGUUCAAGCGCUGCAGCGCGCAACGAGUGUGCACGGUGAUGCAACAUUUCAUUUCUUCGACGCACGAAGCCAAAUGGCGGCAGCAGCCAAUUCAGCGCAAGGCAAAGGCACAGAAGAUCCACGAAAUUAUUCCAACACAGAGCUCCAUUUUUGUGACAUUGCGAACAUUCAUGCUGUGCGCUCAUCGUAUGCAUCGCUAGCAUCGGUAUGCCAGCCUGGUCAGGAGCGCGACAGCAGUGGCUGGAUGUUUCAGCUGCGAAAUACGUUUUGGUUUCUGCACUUGUCUAGCAUCCUCUCCACUUCGCAGAAAAUCUGCCGGUGCCUUUGCCAGAGCGAGUCGGUGAUGGUCCAUUGCAGUGAUGGAUGGGACCGUACUCCACAGCUAACAGCCAUGGUGCAGCUGCUGUUGGACCCGUACUACCGGACGGUUGCCGGGUUGGUACAGCUCAUUGAGAAGGAGUGGUGCUCUUUUGGGCAUCUUUUUCGGUUUAGGUACUCUCAGGGCGAAGGACCCGGUCAUCAGGAGCUUGAGGAACAGUCCCCUGUAUUCAUCCAGUGGCUGGAUGCAUUGUGGCAGAUUUGGCGUCAACAGCCGUGGGCUUUUGAGUUUAGCGAGUCCCUUCUCGCGGCACUUUACGAACACGUGUUCUCCGGUCUGUAUGGUAACUUCUUCUACAACAAUCAGCGCCAACGGAAGCAAGAAGAAGCGAUUGCACCGACGCGAUCACUGUGGUGCGUUUUGCUGGAGCAAAUGGACAAGUACGUGAAUGCAGAAUACGACAGCGCAAAGAACUUUAACAGCAUCGGAUUGAUGCUCCCAUUUUCAUCAGACGAGAAUGAUUUGGUGAUGUGGGAAAACCACUUCGUCUAUGCUGAUCCUGUGUGUCGAAAGUACGAGUGA